AUGGAGGGUGGCGGCGCUGCCGACGCGGCGCCCGCCGCGGUGCCGGGGCUGGAGUCGGGGCCGGAGCCGGAACCAGAGCCACAGCCACAGCCGCUGGUCGGGCUGCGGCUGCUGGAGCCCGGGCUGCCGCUGGGGCCGGCGGCGGGCGCGCCCCUCGGGUACCUGCACGUCCUGUGGCAGGGGGAGGAGCCCGCGGGCAAGAUCCCGGCCCGCCGCCUGCGUAGGGCCGCCCGCCUGCACCGCCGGCUGGGGCCUACGGGCAAGGAGGCCCACGCUCUGAAGAGGCUGCGUGAAGCUGCCAAUAGCAACGACUUAGACACAGUGCAGCAACUCUUGGAGGAUGGAACUGACCCCUGUGCUGCAGACGACAAAGGCCGGACAGCCCUGCACUUCGCCUCCUGCAAUGGCAACGAUCACAUCGUGCAACUGCUUCUGGACCAUGGGGCUGACCCAAACCAGAGAGAUGGGCUGGGCAACACCCCGCUGCAUUUGGCUGCCUGCACGAACCAUGUUCCUGUCAUCACCACGCUGCUGCGCGGAGGGGCCAGAGUUGACGCCUUGGAUCGAGCCGGCAGAACGCCACUGCACCUCGCUAAAUCAAAGCUGAACAUCCUGCAGGAAGGACUGUCCCACAGCCUGGAGGCCGUACGCCUGGAAGUGAAACAGAUUAUCCAGAUGUUGCGGGAAUACCUGGACCGUUUGGGGAGGCAUGAGCAGAAGGAACAGCUGGAUGAUCUCUGUUCCAGGUUACAGAUGACAAGCACAAAGGAGCAGGUGGACGAGGUUACAGACCUCCUGGCCAGCUUCACGUCGCUCAGCCUGCAGAUGCAGAAGAUGGAGAACAGGUAAUGGGCUUCCAAAUCAUCUUUCUGAUGCAGCAGGAGAAGCCUUAGAAAGAAAAAAAAGGAAGCUGAAGCUUGCUUCCCAGAUCGCUGAAUAAACAUUGCUGCCAGCGGCCUUUCCUGCCAGACUGACUCUCCAGUGGUGCUCAGACUGUUCCUGCUGAUGCUGCCACAGCUGCCUCAUAGGGAGGCAGCAGGCUUUGGACAACAGAGGCAACAGACAACAGUGCUGCAGCUGUGACUUUGGGGUAAAAGAGCUGCUCUACUUUUUAUCAGAUGGGCUGGUGAUGAAUAGGAUACCUUUUCCAGAGAUAUUUUGCCUUCUCCUAAGUACUUCAGCUCAAUGUAGGUGGUGGCCGAUGGCAUGUGCAGUCACCAGCCCUGACUACAGCUGACCAGCAUCAAAGAAAUGCUUGGAACAGGCACUUUUUGCCGCCUCCAUAUUGCUCAAUUACAUGAGGGAGAAAGUGAAUACCUUGGACAACAGAAGGCUUUGUGCUGUGAGAAGUACACACGCUUAAUUCUGCAUGCUAGCAGCUGAGCAAACAUACUGACUUGAGAGACGUGCAGGGAGGCUUAAUCCUCACCUUCCCCGGAGCCUGUGGUCAGAGGGCAGAGAAUCUGUCUGGUUACAAAUGGGAUACAAAGCUUUUCAUCACUAGACUAACAGCUUUCACUGGCCUCAUUUUUUAAAUCACUGCUGCAAGUUAGUGCUUAGAUACUGCAGUGUAACACUUGCAAAAAAUACCCAGGUACACAGCUAGCAAGUCAGAGCUGCCCUGAUGCAAGAAUAAGGUUUGUGGGGGGUGACAAUCUUAACACAGUUUUAGGUAGACAUAUACACCUUGCA